AUGCUCGGGUCCAAGCGACUGCCACGUCCUCCAGGCGUCUUCCUUGACAUCCUUACUCACUCGUCGGUGCGUAUGCCCCAAGAGAUUGACAUCGUCGAGCCACCCGCACCCAACUCCGUGCUAGUCGCACUCGUCUCAGAUGCUGGAGAUUGGACGGAACCGUACAUGAGCUACCUUAAGCGGCAAGCCUUGCCAAUGGACGAGGCAGAAGCAUGCAUGAUCGUGCGCCGCUGCAAGUCCUUCACCAUCAUCAACAAUGAGCUCUACAAGUGCAGCAUCUCCGGAGUAUUCCAACGAUGUGUCACCGCCAAAGAAGGUCGCAAAAUCCCGCGCGACAUCCACGCAGGGGACUGCGGCCACCACACGGGCGCACACUCGAUUGUGGCUAAAGCCCUUCUACACGGCUUCUACUGGCCCACAGCCCACGCCGACGCGGUCGACCUCGUUCGCGCAUGCGUCGGGUGCCAGAAGUAA